CUCGAAAAUCACAUGAUUGAUAGGGGCGGUGCGAGGACAUACUCCCUCUUAGUGUUGUACCCUCAUUCGUCAGGUAGAUCGAGCCGUGUAAGUAAGUAACUAGUCCGUCAGAGGUUCCUCGCUUUCUAUCACCCAGGGAAAUUACGCUGAAAUGUCUGGACAACCGCCUUAUCCAAGUGCACCUUACCCUCCUCAGUAUCAGUAUCCCCAGCAACCGUAUCCCCAGCAGCCGUAUCCCCAGCAACCAUAUCCAACACAGUAUUAUCCACAACAACCUCCCAAAGUGGAGGUAGUGGUUCAACAGCGGCCGCCACCAGUCGUGGUUCAAACAGCUCCCAGACCAGUUGUAGUGCAGGAAACAGUCGUCGUGGAUGGAAGACGUCGUGGAGGAAUAGGAAUAGGCGGGGCGUUAGGCGCAGCAGCCGUGGGUGUAGCUGCUGGAAUGGCCGUAGAAGCUGCCAUUGAAGGAAACCAUCACCACCACCACCAUCACCAUCGACGUCAUCACCAUCACCACCACCACGGAUGGUAGAAGCUUUCGUAACCAAAAUGGUUUUGAGUCGAAGUUCCUUCUUCUUCCGGUGUCAAAUUCAUCUUUGAAGAAUUUGUCAUUAUUGGAGUCUUGCCAACAAUUCCAUCAAUAUGGAACCUCUUCUUGUUUCAGAUAACUACCUAUUUCGUUCAGUUUAUCAUAUUUUGUAAAGUGCUUAGUUUACUAGGAAUGAUUUUUGUGUAGGUUUGUGUUUAUAUCAUUGAAAUUGUCUACCAUAGGUAAAAUAGAAGUAUUCAGUCAAAAUUAUAACAACCUCGAUUGUGACAUCUUGAUUUUGCUCAACUCUUGCAAAUAUCAGUCUUGUCUGAAACCUGUAUGAGCAAUACAAGUAAUGUACCCAUUUUUGUCCUGUUUAUGACUUCAAAAUUAGUGGUCAGUUCGGUGAAAUAUCACUAGAUUUAUUCAUAGCUGUUGGUAUUUGGUAAUUUCCUCAUUGGAUUAACUAAAUAUUUGUAAAAAUUCUGCAUAUCUUUUUUCUUGGAGUUAAAGUAAAGACCAAUUUUUUAUGAAACAUCCCAAUAUAUUUAACGUAAUUUGUUCAGUUUUGUAAUUUGUGUAUUCUGUGCUCAUUCAGUUUCAAACUUCAACCUCUCCUGAAUUAAAGAUAGAUCUUUGAAGCAACAGAAGUGAAAUAGUACUAUAGGAUCAUGAGAGGGGAACAAGACGAGUUCCAACAGUCCAUCCAAGGCAACUAGAGCAUGCAACACUCCACGCUCCUCUUAAGAAAGUCCCACCAAAACAGGUAGUACCCCAACAUAGCAAAAGUCACCGAAUUUGUCACCAUACCUCGAGUUGACUUUAAAGUCGCCUGUGUCAGAAAUUUCCUUCAGUUUAAUACUUUAUUGUUUUUAUGAAGCCAAAGGGAGGAACACGCUAUUAUGCCUAA